AUUACAAACGAGGCCACGCCUUCCAAACGGAAACGUGGUCUCGCCUUCCAACCUCUGUCUGGUCAAUACGCCAAAUAUGAAUCCGCACGUGUAAUUAUCUUAUAUUACGCAAGUGUUACAUCUUGUAGUAACCAGCCGCUUACCACAUGGACACAGUCGAAGUGGAGGACAGCUGUUUGGGAUACGAGCUUAUUCUUACGGAGAACGACACAUCAACCCCGCGCUGUCCGCGUGGACCAACUUUGUUAUUUGAGAAAGUCAGCAAACCCGGGCAGGCCGGGAGGAGGUUUUACGCGUGCUCGGCUUGCAGAGACCGGAAAGAAUGCAACUUUUUCCAGUGGGAGGACGAAAAGGUGUCGGAAGCCAGAGAGUUGGCCCGGGAGGCCCAGAACCGAAAGAGGAGGCCCCCUUUCAGCCAGCAGCAGUGCACUGCAAGGUUCCUCCGGUUCAUCUCGCUCCCGCCCGACGCGCAGAAGUUCUGCCGGGAUUGCCAGGUCCUGGUCCUCGCCGACGAGACGGAGGCGCACGGCGCCCACGCGCUGGUCCCCGCGGCCGCCGAGCGCUUGAGGCGGCCCAGCGGGCUGCUGCGCCCCCUGGACAACAAGAAGAGCAACGCCCAGUAUCUGUUCACCGAGCGCACGGCCCGCUUCCUCCUGGGCGCGCUGGCCGCCCUGGGCUACGACAAGGUGCUCUGCGUGGGCACACCCAGACUCCACGAGCUGAUCAAAUUGGGAAACGCGGAAGGGAAGGCAAAGCCGACAAAGAGCCUCCUGCUGGACAUCGACUUCAGAUACGCUCAGUUCUACGACCAAAACGAAUUCUGCCACUACAACAUGUUCAAUCAUCACUUCUUUGAUAGCGAGGCGUCGAGAGCGGCGCUCCAAGACUUUCUGAGGGAGUCCAACGGGGAGAAGGUGGUCAUGGUGGCCGACCCGCCGUUCGGGGGCCUGGUCAAAGCCUUGGCCAGUAGCUUCUCUCGGAUCUCACAGACUUGGAGGACUCAGCAACGUGUCGAGGGCGGCGACGUCCACAUGCCGAUGAUCUGGAUCUUCCCGUAUUUCUUUGAAGCUCGCAUCCUGGACUGUUUCCCUUUUCUGACCAUGCUGGACUACCAGGUGGACUACGACAACCAUUCCCUGUACAAGCACAAUAAAACGGGAAGGAAACAGUCUCCGGUCCGACUGUUCACCAACAUCCCCCCUGCUGAAAUCGUCCUCCCCGAGGAGGAGGGUUACAGAUUCUGCGGCGUUUGCGAGCGGUACGUGUGGCGCCUCAACCGGCACUGCGCCGAAUGCGGCGCCUGCCCGUCCAAGGAUGGCCGGCAAUGGAAACAUUGCACUCUUUGCGGCCGAUGUGUUAAACCUUCGUGGCGCCACUGUGAGUCAUGCGGCCGCUGCGCCCUCCCGGACCAUCCCUGCGAGGGAAGCCCGGGCCGGCAGGGCUGCCGCAACUGCGCCAGCCCGACCCACAAACGCAGAACUUGCCCUCGCAAACGCGUCGGCAGCAGCAAGUCCGCAUCCAAGAAAGGACACGGAGUGGCAAGAUUUAAAAAAAAAAAAUAAUAAAAAGAUGAGGCAACACCCCUCACCCCCACCUUGCUCCCACGUGCCAUUUUUCUCGGGCAGCAUUUGCAGUUUAGCGUUCUGACCAGUGGGGGGCGCUGCAGCACUCGCACGACUGCAAGCUGGGAUUUAAAUAUUUGCAAGCACACCUAUUGGCUCAAAAUAUUGAUAUUGCUGGUCUACGUUGCCCGCUGCAGCACAGUGGUCGGACGUCCUAAUUAUGUAAUUGCACACCCUUUUCCUGCAAUAUUUCCUAAACGCUGGAGAAAAGAGAAAAAAAAAAAAAAAAGUUGGGCGUUUUUAUUCCUGGAAGUGUGGACAGGAAAUGACUUCCCAGAGGCCUCCGGUGCUCUUCCCGUGACUCUGAACUUUUGUUUGACAUCACGCGGACACGUUCGUCUGGAUUUUGUCAAGCUUUUGGGAAGCCGUCAGAGUUUCGCUCGCCGCGCUAGCUAAAUUCUUGAUCGCUGACGGAAAACUAAAUUUGAAAUUUUGAAGGGGGGGGGGGGGGAGAUUCCUGACAAAUAAAGUUGUAAUAUUCUGAGAUUUUUGUAAGAAGACAAGCAAGAAUCAAGAGAAGAUUUGAGAAUGCAAUACGGGAUCAGGAAAGAUCUCCAACGUACGCAGACUAGCGGAGACCACAGCCGGUCUCGACCCCGAGCACCUCCUUUUCAAGCCACAGAUACUACAGUGAAAAAUACGACAACGCUGACCUGAAGCGGACCAAAAUAAUACCUAAAUACUUCACGUGCAUAUUUUGUAUUGGUACGAUGCAAAAAGUCUUCAGGAUUGAGGAUCGCGACCCGCAAACGUCACAUCCGCCCGAGGUGCCCCCCCCCCCCCCCCCGGGGGUCAGCGGCCCACCAUCUGCCAGUAAGGGAACACCGGUGGUGGGGGUGGGGGGAGUCCAAGCCCAACCAACGGGGCCCAAAAUGACCACGUGAGGAUGAGAAUAAAUUGCUUUUUGUUUUUGACAACUUUUAAGGUGGUUUUAUUACUAA